AUGUCAGGAGAUACUUCGCAAGAUCAGCCUCUACUGGCUACUGCUGAUUAUCUCGAAUCUCCAGUUAUAAAUACGCAAAUUCAUCCACCAACACAAUCAAACCAGAUUCCAAAUGUGUUAGAAGUUAAUCUCCAGCUUAAGGAGCUUGUACAAGCUGGUAAUUUGGAAGAUGCACGUAAACUGUUCGACCAAAUGCCGCAAAGAGAUGUGGUUUCUUGGACCAACGUUGAGAUCUGGUUAUCACGAGGGUUUGCAUUUGUUUUCCAGAAUAAUGGUCUUGUUAAUUCUGUGUUUGUGGGAAGUUCACUUCUGGACAUGUAUGCUAAAUUCGGUAAUAUUUCUGAGAGUUGUCGGGUUUUCGAUGAGAUGCCGGAGAGGGAUGGAGUUUCCUGGACCGCCAUCAUAACAGGACUUGUUAAAGCUGGUUAUUGUAGGAAAGGCUUGUUGUAUUUUUCUGAAUAUACAUUUGCAGCUGUAAGUAGUGGUUGUGCCCAUCUUGGUAGAAUUAUCUGGGGUGAACAACUACAUGGUCAUGUCAUGAUAGCUGGUUCUAUGGAUGCUCUAUCAGUUGCAAAUUCAGUCAUGACAUUUAAAAGGGAAGUGGAGAGAAACAGCGGAUAUAUAUUAGAAAGGUGA